AUGCCUGCGCUCGCGCUACCCCCAACAGGACCUGGUUCUCGCCCCAACUCAACUAAAUAUACACCAGCUGGCGAUCCUCCUCUCCUCUCCUGUCCUUACCACAACCCAAUACUGCAACUCCAAGCUACAAUGAACACGCUCGCAGGCAUGCAACCCAUGGAGAAGUUCCUCGCGGCAUCUUCCUCUCAACACCCAGUAGCUUUCACUGAAGCUCUUCAAAUUGGAACUGCCGCCUCGGCUGGUUGUACUUGUGGUUCUGUACUGGAUGCAGUUGUGCACGGCUUGGCCUAUGAUGCGAUGAAUCUUUGCAACACAAUUGAUACAAUCCAAGAAAGUUCUGGGGAUUCAGUCCUAGCGGAUGCUGUACCGCCUUAG